GUCGACAGAGUGACGUCAUCACCCAGCAGGCUGGCACAUGACGCCCCGUGGCGUCAUAACGCAAGGAGCUGGGCGGGGUACCAGGGUCAGAUGACGUCAGCAGCCUGAGGGACUAUGUAGCUGAGCUGAUUUAAUUAGGGUUCCACCAGGAGGGGCGUCCGUCAUGCGGCCACCCUUUCUGGCCAGUCUGUUCCUGGUCCUCUUCCUGCGUGCGGAAUGUUCCCUGCCGGACUGCAGAUGGUUAGCCGUGCUGAACAGUUAUGAUAACCUCGGGGGGAGCCGAGAUAUCUUCUUCAGGCAGCAUGAAAUCCGCAAAGUAAGGGAGGUCUUCAAGGAACUGAUCGAUUCGGCCAUUGACCCCAACGACAAAGAUGCCCAUUACCUGGGAUUUCCGUACUUCCUGAAGAUUAAUUUGACGUGCAGCCAGACGGAUGCCGAAUUGUCUCUCCGGGCGGGUCAUUACAGCGGCAUGCUGCCCAUUGUGACGGUCACCUUUGAGGAGCCCAUCCACUCUGUGCGUCAGAAACAAGAGCAACUGCGGAUUGAAAUGAGAGCCGCUCCGUUCAGGAUUUCAGAAGCCUGUGACAGUGAGGAGGUUUGCAGGAUGUGCUGGUAUACCCCGAUGCCCUUCAUGAACGGCAGUGCGGUGAUGGACGUGAUGGUCUCCAGCAAUAACCUUGGUCUCCCUGUGCAGCAUAAGAGGUUCUCCAUCAACGUGAACGGAUAUGUGAAAUUAUUUGAAAACAGGAUUACAUUCAGGAUCGGAUCACAGCUGGUUGGUUUGAAGACUUUCCUAAGUCUGACCGACCCGUCACGUCCCUUGUGGAGUACACACCUACGUGUCCCGGUGCUCAUCCUCGGUGAUAUUCCCAAGAAUAAGAUUGUCUUAAUCUCAGACACGGGGUUUGAGGACAGCUAUCCAAUAGAGCUGAGCAUCGACAGCUGCUGGAUUGGCUCCAUCUCCUGCCCGCAGAAGGGCUUCUCUUCCUCCAUCGUGGACACCAUAGCCACAGAGAGCACCCUCUUCAUCCGACAGAACCAGCUGGUCUAUUACUUCACAGGGCACUACCCGGUCUUGCACGUGAAUACCUCCGGCUCGGAACUAUGGACGCGCAUUUUGAACAACGUCUGUGUGAGACGGUUAAAUCCAGUGUUUUUCCCUAAGAACAACACAGAGUUUGUGAUUGCUCUCGGUGGCGGCUGGCAGGAAGGCGAACUCUUCCUUAUUACUGUAAAAGAUGGAAUUGUGAAGGCCUCCGGGAGUUUGAGGUCUAAGAAGAGGAACGUGUGCGACUUCAUGAGAUUUAGGCAGUGCUCCAUCGUGUGGGCGGUCUUUUCGACAGAGGAGAACAUGUUCUAUUUGCUGGUGUCCGAGAAAGACACAGGACCUCACUUCAUCGUGGCCUACUAUCGAGGGGAAGAAUAUUUUCAGCAGAUUUACGACAUCCCUCAGUUUGUUCCCAAGGCCUCUGAUAAAGGAUUUGUGAUGCUGCUGGGAAUGGAGCAGUAUACAGACAAGAAUCUCCUCCCGCGAGGCUUGGCAUUCAACCCUUACAGCAAGAUCUUCUACGUCUGGGGGAAUGUCAUCUUAAAAAGCAACGACAUGAUGAGUUACAUAUACCUCUCAAACUUCCCCAGCAAAGUCCCCAUCAAAUAUUUUGUGCUGUCCUUCACCGGGAACAUUGCCUUUGUGACGGAUACGGAUGAGGUCUGGGUGGCCAAGGAGAUCAGCACUGAGGUCAAGCAGGUCUACCCGUCCCAAGCCUGGUCCCUCUACAACACCUUGCAGGUGAUGAGGGGCUCCAAGGAUUACGACUUGGACGACAACCAUUCCAUCAUCACCAUUUUCUUUGACCGAGACGGGAUGCAAGAGCUUGUUUACAGGGAGGAUUCCAGAACCACUGGAAGAAUCAUUAAAAGGAAUUUCCCUUUGGAUCAUGUCUUGACCUAUGACCAGUUGAUCAACACGCCUCACAAAGAGAUGACAUACAAUGGGCUCAACUACAUCCGAUUCACCCACCGCUGCCCCUUUGCCGUUCUCCGCUUGGUGGACUUGCCCCUGCCCCAGCGCUUCACCCGGAUGGAGCAUUACCGGGCCCGGCCGCCGGAGAUCAUGGAGAAGACGGGCUUCCACGAUGACAGGUCGCUGAUGGUGUACCAGGGAUUGGUUUACCAGCUGCUCCAGUUGCACUCUGCCUACCACAGGUCCUACGCUGACCCAGUCCAUGACCCCACCUGGCGCUGGUGGAAGAACAAGAAAAAAGAUGCGGAGUACUACUACUAUAUGGCGAGCAACUGGAAGUCCUCGGGAGGCAUCUACGUUGACAUGGCCAACUACGCCAAAAUCUACAACCUCAUCCCCAACAAUUUGCUGCCGGGCAUGAUCUACCUGGACAAGAAGACCGAGUACACCUUCUCCGUUUACCUGAGCAUCAGGACAACUAAACAGAGCAUGGGAGAAACAGCGGAAGAAAAUUCCCUCCACUACAUGUGGCUGACAGUCAUUUUAGCCCAUCCCGAAUAUAUCCACAUCAAUCUCCAGAGGAAUGAACUUAUCAGCAGAGGCUCUGUGCUGUACCGGGUGACCAUCGGGGACAACGGCAUAUACCCGAGGCAACAGCUCAGCGGGAAGAACCUCCUGAAAAGCUCUGCAAGCUUAAAGGUGGCUCAUUCAGGAAUGAACUGCUACGGCUACACAGCCCAUUCACCUGAGAUAAAGGGCACUGCCGUGGUCGGCAUCAGCAUCGGAUGCCCCCCAGGCAAGAGGCUGGCCUUUGACAUCACCUACACCAAGAACUACACCGAAGAGAAGAACAAGCGGUACUUUGAUUGUGUCAUACCAGACCCUGAGAUGCCCUGCUUCUACUUCAGCGACGUGUUUUACCCCUUCUUUUUGAUCCAAGACAUGGUGACCGGAGACUCGGGGCGUUUCAAUGGGAGCUACAUCUUCACAAUCAUUGGCGGAGGACCGUUUUCAGUGGACAACAUCCAGUACUUCACCAAAGAGGAGAUCUAUUUAUAUAACACCAUGAAUGGCAGUGACUCCUCAAGUUUGAUCUGGCUGAGAGCCGAUGGCGAAGAAGAUAUGGUCAACUCCGAAGGGUUCCAAGUCCUUUCUCAAGCCAGCUCUGGGAUAGUGUGGGUGUGCCAGAAGAAUUCUCCCUGUUAUGAUAUUGUUCCCGAAACUAUGUCAGCGCCUGAGUACUACUUUGUGGUCAAAGUGUCCAACAGGGGAGUCGACCAGACUACCUAUUGCGAUUACGCCUUGGAGUUCAUUGUCCACGUCCACGGCCUGCGUCUCAGCCCCUCCCGGUCGCUUUUUCUCCUGAAGAUCUCAAUGGCCGUCACGGUUGGCCUCCUCAUUCUUUACAUAGCCGUUUAUGCACUGGGCCCCAAGGUCAAGGCCCACAUCACCAGGCUCUCCCGGCGGCUGGAGGAAGCCUUCGCCUUCCGAGCAGCCUCCAGCCUCACCUUCUCGUCGUCGUUCACCAGCCAGGCCUCCCUGCAGCAUCUGCCUUCCGUGGCCAGCCGUACCAGUUCGCCACCGUUCCCAUCCAGACCAAACACUCCAGGCUCCGGAUCAGGCGGAGGGCAGUGACACCCACUGCCCUGCUCCCUCUACAUCUGGGUGCCUUCCCCCUUCGGCAGCGCCACCGCUUCCGACCGUCACAAGCAAAGGGCUCCUCUCGGCUUGGCGGUUGCCUGACGUGGGAGAUUUCUGGAGUCCAGUCAGCAGCAGACCUUUAGACGUUACUAUUUGUGGCCGUUCUUCAGUCCCUGCUGGAGGAUCCCCUGGGCUCAGCCACAGGUCGCUUGCAGGUGAUUCCGGGAAGUGUGUCUACAGUCGUCCACAUUCUCUGUAUGGCACCGACACAGAUAUACAGGCAGCCUAUAUGGGUCUCCAAGCAUGUUGUUUGAUAGGCCUGUUCACAAGCAGUACACGACAGAGGCUUAGGCGUGGCUCCAGAAGUGAUCACUGUUAAGAGCAGUGGUGCUGGGGCAGCUCCAGGAACCACCUCACCUUGCUAGAUACUUUACAAAUUCUAGCCUUUCCCACCAGGUCCAGAGGAACUCUGAUUUUAAAAAUUGCACCUGUGUCUUUGUGUAUAUCGUUCUGAUUACUGGACUCUCACCGUAGACGGCUUGUGGUUCCUUGCCCUGGUGCUUCCCGAACCAUUAGCUACUCCCUGGCGGCGUAAUGGGCUGCAGAAUUAAUUUGCGCAAAGUUAAAAAAGUUAGGCGUGGUGGAGUUUUUGUUAAUUUGUUUGGUCUGUUUUUUAAAAAUAUUUUUAAAGAAGCAGUUAUGUUCACGUAAAGUAGGCAUGGGAAAGUAUCUGCUUUUGCAUGUGAAUUCCUGACCCGGCUUCCUUUUAACAAAAUCCUUAGGUUAGACAAUUUGUGAAUGGAUGGCGACCUUUUGCAUCUUCUUUCAGCUCAUUCUUAGAUGUCUUUUAACCACUAUUCUUUUUACUUAGAUACAUGUUUCUAUUAAUUUUCUUCCCAGUUUGUCAGUCACGCCAGAACAUCGCAUUUUAC